AUGGCAACAAGAAGCAUCUUCCUGACAGGGACAGAUCCAACCCUCAAACUUGCACCCAACGAUGUCUGGCUACCUGGCAUAUACUCUCGCCGUGUCUUGUGUUUUGAGCUCUCGCCUCAGACUAGUCAUGGGCAGGUCAUCGACGUCUUCUCGCGGGGACUGCAAGCCCUCGUCAAUGGUACUCCAGAAUUAGGUGCAACAUCUGUCAUCAUACAGAACGCAGCCCCACACGAUCCCUCUCAGCCGUGGAGAGCAUUGGUCCCAGGCAAGGGAAUCGAGCUUGUUAUCAAAGACCUGACAAAAUCGUUCACACCGUUCGAACAGCUCGAAUCUUCAGGCUUCCCAAUCGCCGAGUUCAAGGAUGGCGAGCUAAUGCCAAUCGAUGGACCGAUUAUGCCGGAGCCAGCGGCUGUGUCUAGGUUCCAGUUGAGCUUCAUCGACGGAGGCGUUUUACUGAGUUUAUGCAUGUACCACCACUUGUCUGAUGGAAAUGGCAUGAACGCGAUAGUGCGGGCUCUUGCGGAAGAAUGUAAGAAAGCUGGAGAGCAAUCUUCCAAGGAGCCUACUGCCAGAGUUAUGAACACGUCCAGAGACGUAUUCGACAACUUGAGUGAUGACGGGCUGAGAGAUCUAAGCCACCAUCCAGCAUAUGACAUGGUCGAGGGAAUCUUCACUCCAGGCGCUGAGCAUCAUGAAGAGGACCAUCCUGCUACGACCCCAGUCUUCAAACCUUUGUACUACCAUCUCUCCCACGACAAAGCAGAGGCUCUAAAAGCCUACGGAAGCACAAACACUCCGGUGUCCACCCACGACGCCAUCUCUGCUGCUCUCUGGCGAAAUCUGAUCAUCUCCCGCCACAAUCUCGGAGAGUUUACUGAUCUCUCCAUGACCAGUACAUACACCAUUCCUCACAAUGCGAGAAAGUAUCUCAACGUUCCGGAGACCUGGGUGGGAUACUUGACUUACUUUCUCGCGGUUCAAGCGAAUAUCGCUGAGAUCUUGGAGCCAGACAGUCUUCCUUUGCUGGCGGGACGGAUCCGAGCGGCAUUGAAGAAUGUCACGACUAAGCACGUUGAAGGGGUUUUGCAGUUGAGAAAGGAGCAUCCUUACUCGCUGAACUGGUGGCCUUUGUGGAAAGCUGAUGCGCCGGAGACUGUUGCAUUCACGAGCUUUUAUCAUAGUGAUAUGCUGAGUGCUGAUUGGGGAAGUACCUUGGGUGGUAGGGCCAGACAUUUCACGACGACAGAUGUUGGAGGAAUCUCCGAGGGGUUUCAGAGGGUACAUUAUGUGGGACCGAUGCUAGAUGGAGGGAAAGGGUGCUUUGUGUUUGUGGGAGCGUUGGAAAAGGAGGCGGAGUACUUUGAGAAGGAGGAAGUGUGGCAGAAGUAUUUCAAGUUGGAGAAGAAGUGA